UGCGGCAACAUGGGCGUUUUUGACCGCGGGGUUCAGAUGCUGCUGACCACGGUGGGGGCCUUCGCCGCCUUUAGCCUCAUGACCAUCGCCGUGGGCACGGACUACUGGCUAUACUCUCGCGGCGUCUGCAAGAUCAAGAGCAACAACGAGAACGAAACCAGUAAGAAGAACGAGGAGGUGAUGACGCACUCAGGCCUCUGGAGGACCUGCUGCCUGGAAGGUUCCUUCAAAGGCAUGUGCAAACAGAUCGAUCACUUCCCGGAGGACGCUGACUAUGAGGCCGACGCUUCAGAGUACUUCCUACGUGCGGUGCGAGCCUCAAGCAUCUUCCCCAUCAUGAGUGUGAUCCUACUCUUUAUGGGGGGGCUUUGCAUAGCUGCCAGUGAGUUCUACAAGUCACGCCACAACAUCAUCCUCAGCGCUGGCAUCCUCUUUGUUUCUGCAGGCUUGAGUAACAUCAUCGGCAUCAUUGUGUAUAUAUCAGCCAAUGCCGGCGACCCUUCCAAGAGCGACUCAAAGAAGAACAGCUACUCCUACGGCUGGUCCUUCUACUUUGGCGCGCUCUCCUUCAUCAUGGCCGAAAUGGUGGGCGUGCUGGCCGUGCACAUGUUCAUCGACCGCCACCGGGAGUUACGUGUGGGCGUGCGAGCCGCCGACUACCUCCAGGGCGCCGCCAUCACGCGCAUUCCCAGCUACCGUUAUCGCUACCGCCGCCGCUCACGGUCCUCAUCUCGCUCCACCGACCCGUCGCACUCACGCGAGGCCUCACCAGUGGGCCUCAAGGCCUUUGGGACGCUGCCUUCAACUGAGCUGUCCAUGUAUACGCUGCCCAAGGGCCAGACGGGCACGCCUACGGCCACCUAUAACUCCACGGAGAGGGACCACAACUUCCUGCAGGUCCACAACUGCAUCCAGAAGGACCUGAAAGACUCCAGCAACCCUGCCAAUCGACGUACUACGCCUGUAUGA